CCACAGGAGAAAACGCUCUGGAAAGCCCGAGGAGCUACGGAGGUGGGAGGACUGUGGAGGAGUCCGGAUGGACGUCUUAUUCUACCCCAGGCAUGAGAAAAACAGCGCUAGAGGAGGCGCAUGGAGUAGGACACGUGGGAGCGGCACAGAUGCUGAGAAACCUGGAGAACUAGUGGCAUCCUCACUUGAAAGAUAUGGUAAAACACUGGGUAAGAACAUGUGAACUUUGCACCAAGUACAAUGCCAGACCGACCAUCAAAACUCGAACCGGGUAAGUAUCCUCUCGAAGUAUGACCAGGGAAAGAAAUUAUCAUAGAUUACACAGAUAUGAUAACCGCAGUAAGAGGGUACAGAUAUGUUGAUGUGUGUGGAUGUGUAUACAGAGUGGCCGGAGGCGUGGCCAACAAAAAGGGAGGAUAACAAGUCGGUGAUUGAGUUUUUGAUUAAUCACUACAUUCCUCGACAUGGGUUCCCAGAGAAAAUUCGAUCAGACAAUGGGACUCACUUCAAAAAUCAAGACCUCCAGCAGGUGGAGGCAAUGCUAGGGCUGAAACAUUCAUUUGGCACUGUUUACCACCCGCAAUCACAGGGCAAGGUUGAAAGGAUGAAUCAAACAGUUAAGCACAAAUUGGCAAAAAUAUGUGCACAGACUAACCUGACCUGGCUAGAUGCUCUACCCCUGGUGCUCAUGUCCAUUCGAAGCUCCAUUAACCAGAGCACAGGGUUCUCUCCUCAUGAGCUACAAACAGGGAGAGCUUUUCCAGGUCCCAUGACAAAAUUGAUUGGGAUUGGUGAAGACAAACAAAACCUGACCAUAAGAGCAUAUUUUAAAGAACUGCAGGCUUUCGGUUCAGCUUUUGCCAAACAGGUCACGGACCGACAUGAGGGGGCGCACGAGGCUUCGUCGCCAGAGGUGAAUUGGGUCCUGUUGCGGGUAAUCAAACGCAAGUGGUCGGAACCAGAGGUGGACUGGACCGUUUCAGGUGGUGGAGAGAACUUCGCAUGCAGUCCGACUGAAGGGUAAAGGAGACACCUGGUA